AUGUCUUCAUCGAACCCCGUACCGGAGACACCUCGCGUGAUAUCACCGACCCCCUCUGCAUCGGACCCGUCCGAGACCCCCGAUGGAUAUAAUGCACCGUUAACCCGGUCUGCAGCGCGUCGUCAGCGCCAGCCAGAAGAUUCAGCCGAAACUACUGGCUCUGCCCGAGCAUCAAGAUCCCCGACAACACCCUCGGCCCGGCGCAACCGCCGAUCAAACCCCAUGAUACCCGCCUCGCCGCCGCGCUCAGCAAACGGUACUGCUUCGAACACUCAUUUGUCCCCGUCAAGCAUUCCCGACGCCCUACGCGAUUUGUCCAGAUCACCAUCUCCUCUCGGGCUGAUCCCCCUCCACGCACGCUAUCGCAGCUUCAUUCACCGCCAUGAGAUCCCGCGGAAGGUCUUGCACGUGUCAAUCGGAUUUUUGACUUUGUCAUUAUAUGGCCGAGGCGUGCAAACUCUGCAGAUUACACCCGUACUCUUUACUGCACUAGUACCGAUUGCACUCACGGACCUGAUCCGCCAUCGCUUCGAGAAGGUCAACAAAGUAUACAUUCGGUGUAUGGGUGCUCUCAUGCGCGAAACGGAGGUCACCGGUUACAACGGCGUAAUCUGGUAUCUCCUCGGAGCGUAUGUUGCUCUCCGCUUCUUCCCUAAGGACGUCGGUGUCAUGAGCGUGCUACUCCUUAGCUGGUGUGACACCGCCGCCUCGACAUUCGGUCGUUUGUACGGCCGCUACACCCCCCGUCUCCGUCCCGGAAAGAGCUUGGCUGGUACUAUGGCGGCCUGGCUCAUGGGUGUUGUCACUGCCGCUGCUUUCUGGGGCUGGUUCGUGCCUUACGUUGGCAGUUUCCCCAAUGACCCAGAAGAUGCCUUCAUGUUCACCGGGCAAUUGAAUUUGCUCCCAAACUGCGUCCGUGGCCUUCUGGGCUGGGAGCCUAGUGACUCGGCGGUCAUCACUGGUCCUCUGGCUCUAGGCGUCAUGAGCUUUGUCUCUGGUGUUGUUGCCGCCGGCAGCGAGUUUAUUGAUAUGUGGGGUUGGGAUGAUAAUCUGACGAUCCCCGUGUUGAGUGGAGUUGGCCUGUGGGGUUUCCUCAAGGUCUUUGGGUAG